GUCAUCUCCCAUAGCGAGCAGCUAACUUCUCAUCUUUUCCGGCAUGCACGCCCCAUCCGCUCCCAUUCUCUGCUCAUUCUCGAAUCCCGAUGAGCUUGUCGAGUCUCUCGCACAAUUCAUCAUAAAAUCACAGAAGGAAGCCAUUCAGAAGAAGGGCAGGUUCACCGUAGCCAUCUCAGGCGGUUCACUGCCCAAGCAGCUGAACGGUCUCAUUGGAAAGCCAGGCGUCAAAUGGGAUAAAUGGCAAGUCUUCUACGCUGACGAGCGGAUUGUCCCCCUCGACCACGAGGACUCUAACCACCGUCUCUGCGAGGAGCAUCUCUGGUCCAAAGUCCCUAUCCCAAAGGAGAACAUCCACACGCUCGACCCCGCCCUGAUCCCGGCGGCGGCGGAGAGCGGGAGCGACGAGGAUCCGCUCGAGGAGAUCGCCGAUGCGUACGAGAAGGGCCUCAUCCGCGAGUUCGCGAACAGGGACUCGGCGCGCUUCCCCAUCUUUGACCUCAUCCUCCUCGGCGUCGGUCCGGACGGGCACACCGCGUCGCUCUUCCCGGGCCACUCUCUCCUCUCGGAGGACGACCGCUGGGUCGCGUACAUCACCGACUCGCCCAAGCCCCCGCCGCGCCGCACGACGUUCACGUUCCCUGUCAUCAACCACGCCGCGCGCGUCGCGUUCGUCGCUAGCGGUGCGAGCAAAGCGGACACCCUCAGGGACGUCCUUGACCGGCCUGAAGAGGGGCUCCCCGCAUCCAGGGUGCGCCCGUUCUCACCUGGCCAAGUAUACUGGUUCGUGGACGAUGCCGCUGCGUCGAAGGUCGAAUACCCGAAGACUCCGUUCAAGUUAUAGUGUCAGACGAUGAUUAACAGGAAGGAAAGAGAACUAGUGUAUUAGUAUGUGGUCAGGACCUUUGCUUCGUUUUCUCCCUACUACCAUAUGUACGCACCCCCCUCUCUCUUCGCUUUCGUAUAUAUAUCAGCCCUUUCGGAAUCACACCCCAAGAUGUGGAAUCUGUGGACUUGUUGACCUACCGUACAUAACAGAUACAGCUGCUCUGUCCCUGAAUGUCAAAAG